CAACCUCUAUUUAAAUACAUUUGUGUCCGUGCUCUCUUCUCAAACCCCUCUCUUGCACCCUAUCUACCUACGCAAGUUCUCAUACAAAUUUGCCACCAUGUCACAGCUCAUGCAGGCAAUGGAUCUCCUCAGGGCUAUCUUCGACAAGUACGCUGGAAAAGAAGGAGACAAAGACACUUUGACCAAGAAAGAACUUGCUGAACUGCUCCGCAUAGAGUUUUCUGGGGCAGGACCACAAAGCAAAGUUGAAAUGGACAAAUUCUUCGGCAUGUUGGAUAAUGACGGUGAUGGCGUUGUUUCUUUCGAGGAGUAUGUCACUUUUGUAGCAGCCAUCACUGUGAUAAGCACUUCGAAAUAAGUAUUGGCCACAUUGCCUCAGAACUUCGGUGCCUUCUUCAAUUUGUCCCAAAUAAAAAAAACUGAGUAAUCCAACUUAUUACAGUCACAUCUAUAAAAUGUACAGUACAUGUCAUUAUCACAUGUUCAGAAAAGGAAAACUUGGUUAAACACAGAUAAAUCAAAGAUGGGUUAUUAUGUUGGCUUAAGGGACUUGAAAGAUGCUGACUUUGAGUGUGUUUUCACUGAUGUUAAUUACAUAAUUGGUGACUAAUAAAGAAACAAAAAUAAAUGUU